AUCAAGCACCUAGGCAUGCAGACUGCUUCUACAAACAUUUUUGAAAGAAUGGGUCACUUUCAGGAGCUCAGUAAAAUCAAGCGUGGUACAGUGAUAGGUUGCCACCUGUGCAACAAGUCAAUCCAUGAAAUUUCCUUGCUAUUAAAUAUUCCACGGUCAACUGUUAGUGGUAUUAUACCAAAAUGGAAGCAACUGGGAACAACAGCAACUCAGCCACGGAGUGGUGGGCAACGAAAAAAUGACAGAGCGGGGUCAGAGCAUAGCGCACAGAAGUCACCAACUGUCUGCGGAGUCAAUAGGUAAAGACCUCCAAAUUUUGUGCAGCCUUCAGAUUAGCACAACAGUGCAUAGAGAGCUUCAUGGACUGGGUUUCCAUGGCCAAGCAGCUGCAUCCAAGCCUUACAUCACCAAGUGCAAUGCGAAGUGUUGGAUGCUGCUGGACUCUAGAGCAGGGGAGACUUGCCAGGAGAAUGGUACUUGCCUGACUGCAUUGUGCCAAGUGUAAAGUUU